GCUGCCGCGGGCUCGGGAGAAUCCCUUCCUAUGGAGUAGUGACAGGGGAGCCCUGCGCCCCCGGGUCUGCGCGGAGCGGCGGCCGCUUCCCGCUGGACUGCGGCUUCAGGAGGAGGAGAGCUUGAAGUGUUCCUCGGAGCUGGAGUUGCAGCCUGGUUCCUUACUUGAGUGUUUUUUUUUUUUUUUUUGGUCUUCUCCUCCUUAAUGAUUUGUUACGCGUAUCUCUCGAGGGAACAUCUUAGGAAUGGUCAUUUUUAGCAGUGAAAUCUGCUGCGCAAAGGAGGAUUAUAACAGAUCUCUAUGAAUGAUAGACUCGAUUGCUAAACCUUGCCUUGACCGACCUUCUGACCCUCGGAGAGAGCUCUCAGGGUGUGCGUGGGAAGGAUAAAAAAAUCCUCCCAUUUGAAAAUAAACUUGAAAAAAAAAGACUAAUUUUUUGGAGCCUAAUUGCUUUAUAAUUGCUUUUUUCCCUCUUUGUUUUGUGAUAAGUUGUUUUGAAAAGGAUUGUCCUACAUGGUUGUUUUGUAACUGGUGGAGGAAGGAAGGAUCCCUCUCAAGCGUUUCUGGUAUGACAGCUUUGGUUUCUGAAGAGUUAACUGGUGUUUGCAUUAUACACCUCUUGCUAGUCUGGUAGCAGACUUUUCAUCAUUUUAUUUGCAUUUUUUAUUAACUGGGGCUCGUGGAGAGGGCUGUCUUGGUCACAACAAUAUUUGCACAUAUAUAUAUUGUAUAUAUUUUUGGUGGGGUUCUCCCCACAUUUUACUCUUUCUUGAUGACUCCUGGAGGUGGUAGUGGGCCCAUGAAAGACUGUGAAUACAGUCAGAUCAGCACACACAGUUCUUCGUCUCCCAUGGAGUCUCCCCAUAAGAAAAAGAAAUCAGUUCCCAAGAGAAAAUGGGAGGUUUUUCCUGGAAGAAACAAAUUCUUCUGCAAUGGGAGGAUCAUGAUGGCUCGACAGACUGGAGUUUUCUACCUGACUCUUGUUCUCAUCUUGGUCACCAGUGGACUCUUCUUUGCAUUUGAUUGUCCAUAUCUGUCAGAGAAGAUUACGCCUGCUAUCCCUGCAAUUGGUGGGAUUCUUUUCUUUUUCGUGAUGGGGACCCUGCUGCGUACUAGUUUCAGUGAUCCUGGUGUCCUCCCCCGCGCAACACCAGAUGAAGCAGCAGAUCUAGAGAGACAAAUAGGUAACACUGAAGAUAUAGCAAAUGGCUCCAGUUCAGGAGGAUAUCGCCCCCCUCCCAGAACAAAAGAAGUGAUCAUCAAUGGACAGACAGUGAAACUAAAAUAUUGUUUUACUUGCAAGAUUUUCCGCCCACCUCGUGCCUCACAUUGCAGCCUUUGUGAUAACUGCGUAGAACGGUUUGAUCACCACUGUCCCUGGGUAGGCAACUGUGUGGGGAAAAGAAACUACAGAUUUUUUUAUAUGUUUAUUUUAUCUCUGUCCUUUCUGACAGUCUUUAUAUUUGCAUUCGUUAUCACCCACGUCAUCCUUCGUUCUCAACAAACAGGGUUCCUCAAUGCCCUGAAGGACAGCCCUGCAAGUGUGCUGGAAGCUGUGGUGUGUUUUUUCUCAGUAUGGUCCAUUGUUGGCCUCUCAGGUUUUCAUACAUAUUUGAUCAGCUCCAAUCAAACAACAAAUGAAGAUAUUAAAGGAUCAUGGUCAAAUAAAAGAGGUAAAGAAAACUAUAAUCCCUACAGUUAUGGCAACAUCUUUACCAAUUGCUGUGCUGCACUCUGUGGGCCCCUCUCUCCAAGCUUAAUUGACAGAAGAGGAUUUAUACAACCAGAUACACCGCAAUUAGCAGGACCGUCAAAUGGCAUUACUAUGUAUGGGGCCACACAAUCUCAGAGCAACAUGUGUGACCAAGAUCAGUGCAUUCAGAGCACCAAAUUCGUUUUGCAGGCUGCUGCCACCCCUCUACUACAGAGUGAGCCAAGCAUAACUAGUGAAGAGCUACCUUUACCAGGAAAGACUUCUAUCAGUGGGCCUUGUGCAGCUCUAACUCUAGGGCAACCGACACCACCAUCUUCUAUGCCAAAUCUCACAUCAGAUUCAGGUUUGACAGACAUCAUACCAUUAAAAGAGGAACACGAAGGUCAUCAAUUUCUCACUCCUGAAGAAGCUCCAUCACCUCCUGGGAUGUUGCCAAGUGGAAGUCCUAUCACACACAGCCAUACAAUGCACGUCCUGAGUCUAGCCAGCCAGGAUUCAUUGCAUGAAGACUCAGUACGUGGUCUCGUGAAGCUUAGCUCAGUUUGAACAGCUUUUUUGAACAUCGCACCAUUUCCUGGUGUCUGUACAAAUCUCUAAUUAACAGGAAUGACACUUCAGUACCGCUGUAAGACUUCAUAACAUACCUAUAAUGGAAACUAUAUCGCAUAGUGGAGUCUACUAAAAAAACAAGUUAUUUUUCAAUGGAGCUAUGGCAUUUUUUUGAACAGGUUGCUAAUGGUUGUGCUUUGAUGGUGACUGCAUUUUAUUUUUAAAUAAAACCAGAAGAGGUCAAUAAUCUUGUUUUCUGAAGCUUUGGUACCCCAAGUUGGAAGUCUGCCUGUAACAAACACCAUGUACAGUACAAAAAGAGAGAGAUUAUUGGAUGUAAGUGUCAUGCUCUGUGUUCUAUGCUCUUGUAAUACACACUUGUUAAGGCUUACCACACCUGUGGCCAGAAUGAUCUGCACUUACAUGUUAUGCUACCAAUAUUUGAGAAUAGAAAAUUACCAUUCCAUUUGUUAAUACAAAAAAAAAGACUGCAGAUGUGGAUUUGCAUGCCACGCUACAGUAUGUGUUACAGUGGUGUUGGUAUUAAGAGAAAGUGCUGCUUUUUUAUUUGUGACUUUGAAAGUGCUGUUUCAUUUAAAGACAGUACAAUAAACAAAUUAAUGGACUAUAUUUUUUCAAUUUAUUAAAUUUUAUUUUAAAUUAAUCAGUGGUGCCUAGAAGGUGACGAAUUACUGAUUUGAUCAUGUUGCAUAUCAUUUAACCUUCUGUUUAAGUGUUUAGAGUGAGGUAUUGUGUUGUGCCAUACCACAAAAUUCUUCCACUCCCUAAUGUGAUACAGUUACCUGUGGACCUCCAAUAAAAUUACAUCCUCUAUUUUGUGGACAUGUGUACAGUUA